ACGUCAAAAUUACAAACAAUCACAACAAUAAUUUUAUGGAAAAACUUAUAAAAAGUGUUAAUAACAAUGUCUUCGGCAUUGGAUGACCUGCCCAGUGUGGACUCAUUCUUCGGCUUUGACCUAAAAACAGGCUCUAUGAUCGUUGCUGCCUUAGGCGUUGUCCACCCGAUGGCUCACGGAUGCACAUUCUUCAUGCCCUUGAGCUACCUCCUCGUCACAGUCUGGAUCCUGGUGGCAUUGUUCUUCGCAGCCAGCAUCGUCCUGUUUUGGGGACUAUCCAAUAAUAAUGAAUUCCUAUGCGCCCUAUGGGUGUGGUAUACAGUGGUAUUCGUAGCCGUAAUGCUAAUGAUGAUGAUAAUGCUAGCGCUUGUCUUCACAUCCCGAAGACAAAGGAGUCGGGUCUUCGUCGUCAUACUGGGAAUGCUUUGGUACAUGCUGACAAUCUACUUCAUACUAGUCGUGAACAGUCAUCGUAAGACACUCGUGAAUCAAGACAAUACCGCCCAGCUGAAAGCAAUGCGCAAGGCUGGGCAAGUGAACUCCAGCCGUGUUCUCGAAGCAAUAGCGGAUCAGCCGCAGUUCCAAUGUUCGUCCUUAGCCCCUUCAAUGCAAAAUCGAAUUAGAGGCCAGCCGAUGUUCAGACCAGAAUUAAGUUUUCAAGGAAGGAAUAGAACCAAGAAAUAAGU